AAUGAUAAAAAUGGAUAUAAAGUAAUUCUCUAUGCUUAGAUUGAUUGGUAAAGGAGCCUAUGGAUAGGUAUUUUUGGCUAAAAAAAAGGAUACUAACAAAGUAUAUGCUAUAAAAACAUUGAAAAAAAAAGAAAUAGAUAAAAAGAAAUAAGCUGUAUUUUAUCAUUUUAUAGAAUAAGUAACAUGUAAUGAUGGAGAAAACCAUUUUAAAUUAAGCUAAACAUUAGUUUAUUGUUUCCCUAUCAUAUACAUUUUAAUCUGACAAGAAUUUCUAUUUUGUUUUAGAAUACUGUGCUGGUGGUGAUUUAUUCAGUUUAUUGAGAGUAAAAAGAAAGUUAAAAGAAGAAUAGAUAUAAUUCUAUGCAAUUUUAAUAAUUCAUGCAUUGCAAUUUCUGCAUACUUAAAAAAUAAUUUAUAGAGAGUAAAUAUAGAAUUUUAAACAUAGUUUAAAACCGGAGAAUGUACUAAUAGAUGAAAAAGGUUAUAUAAAAUUAACUGAUUUUGGGCUUUCCAAAAUACUACUUUAAGAAAAGGCUGACUCUAUUGUUGGAACACCAGAAUAUUUAUCUCCUGAAAUUCUUAAUUAAAAUGGUGAAGGAUAUGAUUAUAAGGUUGAUUGUUGGUCUUUAGGAUGUCUAUUAUAUGAAAUGAUAGCUGAAUAGCCUCCUUUCAUUUCAGAAAAAAGAGAUCAAUUGAUUACAAUGAUAAAAACAACACAACCGAAAUUUAAUUUUCCUAUAUCUGACGAGCUUAAAAAUCUUAUUGUAAGCUUAUUACAAAAAGAUCCAAAAUAAAGGCCCUCCUUAAUGGAAGUCAAAGAAUUUCCAUUCUUUAAAAAUGUUGAAGAUUGGCAAUCUUAUUUACUUUACAAAGUUGUUCCUCCAUUCCUACCGGUAAUUCAUGGACCUGAGGAUGUGAGCAAUUUCGAUCCUGUAAAUCCUAAUCAUAUUUUUAGGAAUUUACUUAAUAAGAAUAAUUUGGAUCUCCAAGCGAUGGAUCCAACUCGGAUAACAGAUUUCCUGGUUUUUCUGGUAACAAUUCUUCAUAAUGAAUUUAAC